AUGAGUAACUUCGGUUCGUCACAGAUGUUCGAGAGUAAGCGAUCGAUCAAAGAGUGUCUUUCAUCGUUUUCACGGUAUAUCGACAACUUCGAUCUCGAAUCGCAGGGUGUAGUUCAAUUACAUCGUGUUAUAGCAGACAUUAUUUAUUUCAAUUAUAUCGAAGAGGAAAUUGUGGAGAUGAUAAUUCAUAUCAUGGAGAAGUAUGUCCGAGGAGUUCAACACGAGCCGGAACUCGGGUCAUUAUUUCUCAUACUCAAAAUAUUAUCAGAAAAAACGGUGAGUAUUUCUCCACCACUGUCGAAAAGGCUUCAAACCCAAUCAGAACAGUUUAGAAAACAAAUCAAAUACGUUGAAGUCAAGUUCUUACGACCCGAAGAGGCGGAAAAUUAUAGCGAAGACUAUAUCAUUGGAUUUGGGUUUGGGCAUAUUAGGUCGUGGGUAAUGGAGUCAAACUCGAUGUUAAAUUACUCACUUAUGUUACUCAACCAAAUCGUCGAUGAUACAAAUCAUCACUAUAAUGUAUAUGAUAUCAUGUACACAUUCAUGAACACUCGGUAUAAGCACUAUGAUUUUAUUGAUGCGUUUAAUGAUAUCAUGGUUUCAAUGUCGACACUCGCGCAGCUUGAGUCGUUUCAAGCAAUAUUAAUCAAGUGUAUAACAGGUGACCGCGUUCAAUACUUCUCAAAUAUCGAUUUAUCAUACAUUCGACUCUUAUCGCAAAAAUGCGACUUGAAGAUUCGAAACCGAAUCAGCUUCUCGUACCCUAUUUUCACACAAGACCAAAUCCAUGAGUUUCAAAACACAAUCAAAAAUACGUUGUCACAAAGUCACAACAACAUUGACAACAAAAGUCGUCAAAAAAGUCGUUCAAGAAGCCGUUCGAGGAGUCGUUCCCGUCAAUUGUCACAACACAACUCGAGUCACUAUUCCCACAACCGUCGCAAUUCUUCCUGCUCAAAAGAGUCAUCGCUGGGCUUUUUUGAUGGUUCUUCGAAACAGUUUCCUUCGAGUAAAUUUGCGAAGUCGUUUGAUGACGUUGAAGAGUUUGUUGAAUUCAAACCCGAGGACAAAGGGUUUCCAACGUUACCGGGUGUAGUUUAUCGAUCCAAUUUGUCUGGUGGUACUGAUGAUAUUGAAGAGAGCAAACGAGACAAAUAUGACGAUACAAGCAGUUUUGAUGUUCCUCCAAACCUUGAAGAUAAGAGGUUCCAUCACUUCGUCUCAUUAAGAAUUGACACGACACUCGAUGAACUCCCAUUCAUACAACAAGCAAAAUUGUGCAACGUUGUUGAGUACACAUUUUCAUCACAGACUCGAGAACUUUUACUCGAGUUCAACUCAAUCGACUUAGACAUGUUCCUUCAUACCAUCGACACUUCCUCUUACAACUGUAAAACUUUUUAA